UCGAAAAAUUCCAGCGGAACCCUAUAAGUACAGUCCAGUACUGAGUUCACUCGGAACCUUCAUUGCAAUUAAACGAGCACGCUUCCAGUUACUCAAAUCUCCGUCGUUCACUUCUGUGAGCAAAAUCCGUUAGUGUGUUGUAAACGCACUGAUGGGGCGUAAUAUUUCCAAUCAUUCAGAAUCGCCGGUUAGGGGUCGGGGGUCUCCUCACAGGAAGAGCCCAUCCCGAAGAGAGAGAUCUCCCGCCCGACAUAGGAGCUCCCAUCGGGGUGGCUCUCCAGCUAGAGAGAAGCAUCGUGGUGAUGUUAAGUCUCCAAAGCAGGAGCGAUCAGCCUCUCCCAAGUCCCGUUCCCUCUCUCCGCGGACAAAAAGGUUAAGGGGAGCUCAAGCUGAAAGAGACGUUGAGGGAGAACAAGAAAGAAGCCAUGGUAGGGGGAGUAAGAGGAACUCACAAAGGGAAAGGGGUUCGGAAAAAGAAACGGGGAGUGAGAGAAAAGAGAGAAGGUCAGGAAGAGAUGAUGCUGACGGGAAGUCUUCAAGAUCGAGACGUGGUCGUUCUACUUCUCCAUCAGAUCAUAACCACAAGAGUCGGCGUAGAUCUCACUCACCUCAACCAGCUUUAGAUGGCAGAUCUCGUGAAGGGGUGAAAGGAACCGAGAGGGAUUAUGAAAGGAACCAUAGCAAAGGGAGUGAUAGAGAUACACAAAGGGAAAGGGGUUUAGAUAGAGAAAGGGAGGGCGUGAGAACAGAGAGAAGAUCUGGAAGAGAUGAUCCUGAUCAAAGGUCUUCAAGAUCCAAACACGGGCGGUCUAUUUCUCCAUCCGAUCAGCACCAUAGGAACAAGCACACAUCUCGUUCACCAGCUGAUGCAAGAGCUCGUGAUGAGGGGCCAACUUCAAGAGGAGCUGAUUAUGGGAAUGAUGAAAUUGAUUCCAUCUCCAAGAUGCAAGCUGCUGAGGAGGCAUUGGAAGCAAAGAAAAAGGAACAACCUUCCUUUGAGCUUUCAGGAAAGCUUGCUGCUGAAACUAAUAGGGUCAGAGGUGUAACACUACUGUUCAAUGAACCCCCAGAUGCACGGAAACCUAAUAUAAGGUGGAGGCUUUAUGUUUUCAAGAAUGGAGAAGUUCUUAAUGAACCCCUUUACAUACAUCGUCAAAGCUGUUACCUUUUUGGGAGGGAAAGGAGGGUGGCGGAUAUUCCGACAGACCACCCGUCCUGCAGCAAGCAACAUGCCAUAAUACAAUUUCGGCAAGUCGAGAAGGAGAAGCUUGAUGGUAUGUUAGCGAAGCAGAUAAGGCCUUACCUAAUGGAUCUUGGAAGCACAAACAAAACCUUCCUUAAUGAAGUUGCCAUUGAACCUCAACGCUACUAUGAGCUUUUUGAGAAAGAUACUAUAAAAUUUGGUAACAGUAGCCGAGAGUACGUACUACUGCAUGAGAACUCUACCCAAUGAGAAAGAUGAAAUGGCUUCACCAAGGGAUAACCUUUCUUAGCAUUGCGACCUGGCCAUGUUUUCUUCGUGUGCAAGGAAUGUUUCAGUGGCAUCAUGAUGGUUUUUGUUCUUUACCCAUCGUUUUGAAUUCUCUUUCUUCUGGUGCCGGUGAAAUGAAUAGUUCAAAUGAAACAGCAGUGUAGUUUUUGGCUUUUGUAAUUUUAUGAACUUUAGGUCAGGCAUUUGACUGGCAGCCUAUUAACAGUACUAUUCUAAUUGAGUUAUAUUUAUUCG